UAACAAUAUACAUUUGUUCUGCUUUGUCAUUCUUUUUGUUGUUCAUUCAUUGAAUUUGUUUGUUUGGUUUAUCAUUUUCUUCAUUUGAUGAUCUGGGGUUUCAUGGGUUUGAUUCUGAUUAUUACAAAUUUGAUAUCUGAUAAAAAUGUGGGUUGUUGAUUUUGGGCUUUUGGGGUUUAUGGUUCAAGGGUUUUCAUGUUAUCCUUGUUGAAUAGUGAUUUAGUCACGCUGUAGAUUUCAUUUUGUUCAUUUGAUGAUCUGGGGUUUCAUGUUUUAAUUUGAAUGAUACACAAGUGUUAAUUUCUGAUAAAAAUGUGUAUUGAUUUUGAGUUUUUAGGGGUUUAGGGGUUUUGAGUUUUUUCUUGUUAAAAACCAACACAGUGGUUGAUAUCAUAGAUAACAAAGAAUGGAGGGGUGGAUACUUACAUGUAUCUUUAUAUACAGUUGUGACUUUUUAUUAGAUCUCUUAGAAAAUUAUUGAUGGGAUGUAUAACUCAAUUAUGAUUGGAAAAUUGGAUCUAAUAAACAGUGGUGCUCUUGUUGCAUCCAUAAAGUUUUGGAAUGUUGCAUUGAACAGGAGAUAUAAAUGAGUGGGAAAUGUGUGUUUCCAUUAUGAACUGAUUAGUUUGUCUGAAAUCAAGAUUCAAGAAUUGAGAUUUAGGAAAAAGAUAAAAAUGCAGUUUUGAGCUACUGCCUGCUCCUCUCUUCUAUUUUAUUUCACUAAUUUUCUGAAUGCCCCAACAAUACUUGUACAUAAGUAUAUAAAGACAAUAUUCCUAGAUAAGCUAUUUACAAAAUACCCUUACUACCGUCUUCCCCUUCUCUUAUAAGUUAUUAGAGGCCUUGGACCUGGGUCUAUAGAGUAGAGAUUGUAUCCCUUAGAUGAUCUCGUAGUGUGACAUUACCCACCGCCUGAUGUACUACCUUGUCCUUAAGAUGAGCGUGUGAAUAAGUGUGUAGCAUUUUCGUGCAGUCUUCCUAUGUUGCUUUUUACUUAGGCAAGCCUUCCCACAAAACCAGAAGCUCGCAUUGGUCUUGCCCUUGUGUCCGUACUUGUAGUACUUCUUUUGGUAGAGCCAAUCUUUCCAUUGUCACUGCUACUGGCGGUGGUGUGGUUGAUGCCAUUGAUUCCUCUUCAGCCUUCUUUAGUUGGUAAACGUGAAAGACAUGGUGGAUAUUGCUAGUAGUUAGUAAUUCCAACUUGUAUGCUACCUUGCCCACUCUUUGUAGCACUCUGUAUGGGUCAUAAAAAUGUGGUGCUAGCUUUUCAUUUGGUCGUUUGGCUAGAGAUCUUUGUUGGUAGGGUUAGGGUUUCAAGUAAACUAAGUCUCUCAUAGAGAAGGAUAUUUCUUGGUUGUGCAUGUCCGUGAAGUGCUUCAUUCUUUGUUGGGCCUUGGUGGUAUUGAAUAUUAGUUUGUCCAAAAUAGCAUCUCGUUCUUGCAAUAAUUGAUAUAGGCUAUCAAUGUUGGUGUGCUUAUGUCCAAAACACAUGAUAUGGAGUGGGACUCUGCCAUAUAGGGCUUGAAACCGAGUCAAGCGCAUAGAGUGGUGAAGAGAGGUGUUGUAGCAAAAUUCAGCUCAAUGUACGCAUCUUGUCCAUGAUAAUCGUGCACAAAGCAAAGGAGAGCAGGUUAAAUUUUUGUGAAAUUUUGAACGCCAAAGUUGGUGGAGCUAAUAUGGUAGUGCAUUCUACACUUCGUGACCCCAUUCCUGUAGCUCUAAGUGGAACAGCUGGACUUGGAGCAUUUGGACCUUCUGUUGGUCAUGUUGACAUCGGAAUAAGCAAAUCAGCAUACUUGUUUCGAGUUGCACUUCCUGGUGUUACAAAGGAAAAUUGUCAUUUAAAGUGUGAGAUUGAGCGUGAUGGCAAAGUUCUUCUUCGAGGAGUUGUAAUUGGUGGAGAUUUAGCUAAAACGAGACCUGAAAAAGAGUAUGACAAAAAAGUCGCACAGUUGACCCCAGCAGGGCCAUUCACAAUAUGUUUCAGGUUACCUGGUCCUGUUGACCCAAGGCUAUUCUUACCCACAUUCAGGUCAGAUGGUAUCCUCGAGGGUGCGGUGUUCAAAUACAGGGCGCGUGUGAUAUAAGUUCGAUUCCUUCAUGAUCCGAAACAAUGUCCGCUGCUCUAUAAAAUGUGUGUUACAUUUAACAGGAUUUUAGUUUGUAUAGUUGUAUGAUAUUACAAAUUUGCAAAACUACAGAUGUUUGGGCAAGUAUUGGUGCUAACAACUAUGCUUCAGAACUUGCAAAACUACAGAAACAUAUUGAUACAUUGUGAUCAUUCUUAAAUACUGUUGCUAAGUGAUGAAAACAAUUGGUUCUAGGAA